GAAGUCCCUAUCGCAAAUCGGGGAUUAUGAAAGUUCCUGGGUGGGAACUAAACUAAUAUGGCUAUGCAACAUUAACUAUAUAAACAGCUUUUCCGGGGCAAUAUUAACACGUUUGUAAGCAGCUGACCUACUUAGUGUUUCAGUUUUUAAUGUAACUUGCCCCACGUAAUUUAGUGGGCGACACCAGUGACGACGGGUGGCGUUUGUUUUUACCACCUUCACGUUAGCUCGCCGGCUAACUAGUAUGGCAGCUCCUACUACCGACACUUUGACACAUGGGAGAUGAGAGUUGAAUAACCCAAGGUAACUUUAGUUUGUCUUAUGGUAACUGAAAAACUUCACAACCACUCAUAAAAGAGUAAAUGAUUUGAUGUUGUUUCGAUUUAACUAACGCGUCGCUGCGUAUGAAGGUUACGCUCGGUUAUCUGCUGUAACUCCUCCUUUGAUUGUAUUUCCCUCUUCUGGUGUCUGGCAGUGUCGCGGCACUAAGAUGUCUUUAACUCAGGCUUGACAGCUGCUGACACUGUGUGGAGCAUCGGCACCAUGGAGGGUCCGGUCACCAUCAGCUCUCCCUCCAAUUCCUCCGCUGUCUCCACCACCAUGUCCAUAGACAAGCUCUUCCCGGCUCUCCUGGAGUGCUUUGGGAUAAUAUUGUGUGGUUACAUCGCCGGGAGGGCAAACAUCAUCACAUCCACACAGGCUAAAGGAUUGGGGAAUUUCGUAUCCAAGUUUGCCCUGCCGGCGCUGCUGUUCAAAAACAUGGUGCUGCUGGACUUUGGUAAUGUCAUCUGGCCCUUCCUCUGGAGCAUCCUCAUCGCCAAAGUGUCUGUGUUUGUCCUGGUCUGCGUCCUAACACUGGUAGUUGCCAGUCCUGACAGUCGCUACAGUAAAGCUGGGCUCUUCUCAAUAUUUGCCACCCAAAGCAAUGACUUUGCUUUGGGAUAUCCUAUUGUUGAAGCCCUAUACCAGAGCACGUACCCAGAGUAUCUUCAGUACAUCUAUCUGGUCGCACCUGUCUCCCUAAUGCUUCUGAAUCCUAUCGGCUUUUCCCUCUGUGAGAUCCAGAAGUGGAAGAAUCAGGGAAACCACCAGCAGAGCAAACUUGUGAUUAUGGGACUUGUAAUGUUACAGGUCCUGAAGAACCCUAUAGUGUUUAUGGUGGUCAUCGGCAUCAUCGCCCACUUUGCCCUGCACCAGACUAUUCCUGCCUUCAUGGCUGAAUUUGUGGAUGGCUUGGCCAACUCUUUUGGGGGAGCUGCUCUGUUCUACUUAGGUCUGUCCAUGGUGGGCCAGUUGAGGAAAUUGACCAGAUCCACCAUCCUGACACUGAUAUUACUCAUCACAGCGAAAUUGUUGCUGAUGCCUGUGAUUUGUAAGGACAUGGUGGACCUGUUGGAUAAUAGCAACACCAGCGCUGCCAACCACACAAGCCUCUCCAAUUAUGCCUUUCUUUAUGGAGUGUUUCCCACUGCACCGAGCGUGGCUAUCUACGCUGUGUAUUACAAUGCGGAGUUGGAAGUUGUUACAUCUGGAAUGGUGAUCAGCACUUUCCUCUCAGCUCCAAUAAUGUAUGUUUCUGCUUGGCUACUUACAAUGCGUCGGAUGGAUCCUCAGCUUCUAAUGAAUUCACUGCAGAAAGUCAGCUUUAACAUAAGCAUAGUGAGCUUAUUUGCACUGGUGUGGACGAUUGCAGUCAUGUUUUUAAGUAAGAAAUUCAAAAGGAUACCUCACAUAUUUACUGUCAACCUUUUCUUGGCACAGUUUCUAGCUUGUGUUGGAAUGAUCCUGUGGACCUUUGUGGUGAAGAGCGACAACUUUAUCGGGCAGGCACUGAUUUUCACAUUAUCAUGUACCUCACUCUACAGUACUUAUGUGUGGCCAGGCUUAAUAGCACUCUCACUUGUGCUUACGAAAAAGUUUGAGGAUGUGAAAUUUGUAUCCGGUGCAUUUGUCAUUGCAGGCUGGGGGUUUCCAGCCUUAGUAACUGCUGUGUUGCUUAUUUUUGGGGAAAAAAUGUCUGAUAUCACUGACCCAUCAUAUUUUUAUGGCAAACAUCAGAUAAUCUGCACCACAGUAGUAGUUUCCCUUAGCAUACUACUGGGAGGGGGCUGUCUGGUGUGUCUCAGUAGAGGGAGCUGGGCCCAAAAUGACCAAACCCAAGAGCAAAACCCUUCAUCUGUGGAGGACCUUGUGAAUGUGGAGGACCUUGUGAAUGAAGUUGAACCAGAAAACCAGACUCUGUUGACAUCUCCUGAUGGGGUGACUGGCUCAGACAGAGCAUGCCUCAUAUGUGACUGUGCCCCACCAUCUCAGCCCAUGCCUGACAUGAUCAUCAGCACAAAUAUGAACAACACAUCAAGCACGCCCACAGGCCAGUGCGAGAAUAGAUGUGAGUCAACAGACUGCCUGCUCGUCCAAGUGGAGGAGCUUCAACAGGUUGCAGAUAGACAAGUGGCACGUCAUGUGCUUUUAUGUCUGCUUCUGACUGUCAGCUUGCUUGCUAACUUGUUCAACUGCCUGUGGUUGCUCUUAAACCCAAAUCCUGGUAGACUUUACUUGGAGCUGCUGUUUUUCUGUGCUGUGGCCAACUAUGGACAGGGUUUUCUCUCCUUCGCUCUGUUUGGACUGGACAAACAUUUGAUCAUACUACCAUUUAAGAAGAGGUUACGCAGGCUGUGGUAUGGAAGGAGAAAAGACGAGCAACUGCAGACUGAUUUACCUGAGGAAAUCCAGUUGACCUGCACCCAGUUCAACAAAUACCAUAAAGACCAGUGUAUUCGUGACAUUGUCAAAAAACGAAGGUGUGGAAUGAGGACUAUGGUGGACUGUUUUCUUGGCUGUGAACUAGUGGAGUGGCUCGAGCAGGUGGGCUUGGCUCACGACCAUGGUGAGGCGGUACUCUACGGGACUCGGUUACAGCAGGGUGGUGUGCUUCAGCACAUCAAGCAGGAAUAUGACUUCCAAGACAGUCAACUUUAUUACCACUUUAUGACAUGAGGCCCAAGGGUCAAAGCCGACAUUUAAUGUAUCCCAAAGGCAAAAGGCAUUUCAGUUGAUAGAAAUGACCAUAAAAUACACUUUGAAGUUAGGCAACUGGAAGAACAACUUCAAUCAAUCUAUCAACAAAUCCUGUUUGAGCUGCCAUCUAGGCAGUAACUGCAUGUUCUGCUCACAUCCUGUGUAGUUUAGCACCCCAUAAUGCACUAUUGUGCAGAGGAACAUCCCAGUUGUGUGUUGGAAUAGACUAAACCUGACUGUAAUGUUUCAGUGCAACACAUUUAAAGCUUUCAAACUAUAAAGAUCACUGGAUUAGUGAUCAGUGAGGAGUUGGUCUUUGAGGGAAUGAACAGCGUAAAGGUUAAAUGAAAAUUAAUUUUAUUAAAACCUUGGUCUUAUUUUUGCAAUUUUACAUACAUUUAACAUUUCACUCAACUGUUUAAUUGUUGAGAAUUUGGAUUGUGACAAUGUUGCUAACACAAUUACAUGAUAACACACAUUAACAACAUGUUUAGCCACAUUAUCCAACCACUUAUUUGGAGAGGAGACCAGAAAUAUCUGCAACUGAGAUUGUGUUCAUAAUCCUCAUAUUAUGCUGCAUCGUUUAAUCUUUAAUAAAGCUGGAGAGUAAAAUUAUAACAUAACUGACAGGACUGAUGGCCAAAACUACAAAGACAAGACCAUGGUUUUUCAUUUUUGAGCAGAACAUAACUGACAAGUACUACUAAUAUUAAGGGAUGAAACAAGAUGUUGUUGCUUUUGUUGAUUUUGUGUGUGUGUAUUUUUAUGCCAGUUAAUAGAUGCACUUUCAGUAGUUUUAUUCUGUGUCAUUGUGAGUGACAAUGUGCAGAGGGGUCCUCAUAAAGAAAAUUAGAGGUACAAGCCACAUUUUCCAGUCCUCUGCUGAGUGCAUUAGUUCAUACUGUGGGACGCCUCUGAGUUUAUUAUCACUCUCCUACCAAAGCCAAAGAAAAAGGGAAGACGUGGCUGAUUCUUCAUCCAUUUUUAAAGUUUAAAUCCAGUAUAACUUAUAAUUAAGUUAGUUUUACCAGUUGGUUAACUGGUAAUGUAGCAUGUAUUGUUGCUCUGGUUGCCUGCAGUCAAACAUGACUUGACACUGAUGUAACAGUGGUUACACUGUUUACCAGGGCGAUGUUAGCAGUAUUUCAAAACACCAUUUCAACAAACAUGUUUACAUUGCUUAUUGCUUUUUAAAAUGCCAAAAAUGGAGCAGAAAAUGGCGUAAUCAUCUUUUAAUAAGCUGUGAUUAUAAUGUGAUUUGGUACAUGGUGUCAUCCUUCACAUAAACCAUAUCAACUUAAGUUGGGAAAAUACAAGCUGCUGUGAUUAUUUUUCUCUCAGGUGUACCAAAAUAUAAUCAGUUAACUGCUUUAAAUGCAAAUGUCUGUAUUUAUUAUUAACUCAAUCAUAUUGAGAACACUGGUGUAAACAUUUUAAUAGAAUAAUUAUAAUACAUUUGUAGCACACAAUUCUUGUAAAAUGCUGCAUAUUGAUGGUCUUUAGUGCUUUUUAAAUAAAUUUUACUACUGAACCCUCAA